AGCAGCGCGAGUCCCCCCGCUCAUCUAAUAAGCGUCGCGCUCACGACUUUAGACUCUUUUUUUACGAGCUUAGGGCAUGUCUAGCCUGUGUAAUAAUCCGGGACUUGGAUGAAUCACUUUUGAAAAGUUUUUAAUUUACCCGGACACAGAGUUCUCUCCUUCCUCGCUGAUGAUCCCGACAUGCUUGCGUUUAAGACGCUGCAUCAUCCCGUGCCAUGCUAAGUCUGACCUAAACGUUGCAGGUAACGCAUGUCUUCGCCUGAUUUAACUGAAAAUGCUCCCAAACUUAAAAAGCUUUUACUUUUUUGACUCUCGCUGCUUCUGCCAUGUUCCUCUUCCAAACAACUGCCGGCUCUCCCUCGCGCUGAUCUGUCUGCGCGCAACGGCGGGCGGGAAGGGGGGGGGGGGGGCGCUUUUGGAAGAGUUGUGCAACACAACGAAUCGAUGACGCAAUUCGUUGCCAACGCUUUUAGUAAUCGAUUUUCAUCGAAUUUAUGGAUUCGUUGUUGCAGCCCUAACGAAGAACGCUUUUCAUUCAAAGAACUUUAUUUCUAAUAAAACUGAUCAAAACAACUGUUGGUCAAUAAUAAUCAGGUGACUGAUCUGUGAAAUCACAAUGUUAUGAUUUAUGUGUAAUGAAUAACAAAUCUUUGGACUAACUGAGCCAGACAUCCUGAUCCACAUAAGAUAAACACAUGACACAUUGUUCACUCAUCCAAUCAGAACUUCCUUUCUGAUGCGUGGCAGAGCCCUGUGGUGUUAAAUUAAUCUGUCCACUCCGAUUGGCUAAGAAUCAAAAACAACUAAGUUUAAUAAAACAGAACAACGCCAUUUUAAGUCAGUCUUCAACGGAGUUCCAACUAAGUUCCAACGGAGUUCUAACCGAGUACUCCACCAGCUCUCAAAUCCAUCUGAUGUCCAUCCUCGCUAAGUGAAGUAGACUGGCCAGCUGUAUUUUCUACUUUUAAGCUGAGAACUGUCAAGCUGGAAAAUUCUGUCGUUUUAUCAACAAGAUGACGGUUCCUUCAGAAUAAAAGCUGAACUGUCUCUACGUGACGCUGAACCCUGCCGUUGUACCGAGAGACGAUCCUCAGACUGGUUUGUCGUGCUGCCGACCGCUGUUUCACCAGCUCCAGCGCAAGGAAGGUCCGAGGACCUGGCAUCCAGAUCUAACAAGGAAGUCUCUAGCACGGUACGUAGGCCGGCAAGAUCGCGUCUCAUGUCUUCCUCCUGAAAUCCAUCGUCUGUCAGUUAAAGCAAAACAACAUCUCGCACUCAGACUCGCCUCCACCAGAUGGGAGAUUCUGAACUGACACACACACCAACACUUCAGCAUUGCAUUCCUCUGCAUCCAUCAUAAGAGAGUUAGUCCUGGUGAUUGUUUCAAAUAAUUAUAAAAUAAAUAUUUCUAAACGUCCCACCUCUCUCUCUCUUCUUGUCUCUAAUUCAAUACAAAGUGUUUGAAUAAAACUCCCUGUAGUAAAAACAACCUCUUUUGAUCCUAAGGGCCCGGUCCAAAGAUUAAUGAUCCAGCUCAGGUUAGAUCAGUGAUAUCUCUGGACCUUAAUAAAAGUGUACGAAUAUACCAACUAUAUUCCGCUACAACAGCAAUCCUCAUACUAAGCAAGCAUGCAGCGACAGUGGAGAGGAAAACUCCCUUUUAACAGGAAGAAACCUCCAGAGGAUCCUGGCUCAGUAUAAGCAGCCAUCCGCCAUGACUGUUAACACCUUUUAAUGUUUUGAUGGUACGAUGUCAUUUCCUGUCUUGUUUACAAAUAUUGCUGCACAUUAUACCGAUUUGUUUACUUUAUCAAAGAUGAGAGACACCAUUUCAAACUGUCAGUGGUCAUUUUGGUAUUUCCCAUUAAUUAUUGGUAUUAAACCAGUUCUAAAAAUAGAGUUUUAUUGAUCCAAAGUGUGAAAUGUGAAUCUUUCAUAUUUCUUUACAGUUUCAAGUAGGCGUGGUUAAGACUUCCUGGACACAAGUUGAAGAUUAUUGCAUCAGAGGAAAUAUUUUACUGGACUAAAGAGAGACUUAAAUUAAAAAGAAUUCUAGUUAAAAGUGUAAAACUACAUUAGACUUUCUUGUGAAAUUAACACUGGAGGAGACCUGGGGCCAGAGAUCAAGGGUCAGGUUAUGUCUGGAUUGUUUAUGUUGUGUUUGUUGACAUUCAUUCAUACAUUGAAGAAGACCCCACCCACCUGUGGUGGCUGCAGCCAUAAAACGAGCACUCCUCCCUCUGCUUGCAGCUGGGUGGUUGUUGGUUCACUUCCUCCUGCAGCCUUUAAUCUGCAGAGGAACUUCCUAGUGUGAUCGAAACCAAGUGUUCUUUCCUGAAGAAAAACAAAAAGCUGCUGCAGAACAUUUGAGCUCUGACGGAGGAUCCGAGGCGGAGACCUGAUGGCAGAAUCAGAGAGGGGCAGCGGAGAGCUGACAGAGAUGGAUCCAAGGCCUGCAGAUGGAUUGUCUGGUUCUAGUUUAACCACCAGUGAGCUGCGGCAGAACUGGAAGCAGCUGAAGAGUAGAGAGAUUCCGGUCCGGCUGCUGUUCCAGGUUCCGUCCAGUCGGGUCGUCCAGGAACCGCUCCGGAAGCACGUGGUGUACCGGGUGGUGGUGAUGCGCUCUGGCAGCUUCGACUCCCACCAGGUGUGGGUGGAGCGGCGCUACCAAGACUUCAGCUGCUUCCACCAGCAGCUGCUGGAGGAGUUUGAGGAGGAGCUGGAGGACCUGGUUCUGCCCCGGAAGCUCCUGACAGGGAACUUCAGCCCGGAAAACAUCUCGGAGCGCCGCCUGGCCUUGCAGGACUACCUGGCCCAGCUCUUCUCCACCCGCUGUGUCAGACACUCACCUCACUUCUCCAAGUUCUUCACGGAACCUGAGCUGAAGCAGGCCCACACACUCCUCCGGUCCGGACAGUUUACACUGGCUGUGGAGCUGCUGCAGACAGUUCUGGAGAUCCAAGAGAAGCUGGUGCCGUGGCAGAAGCCCACCUUGACCGUCCCGACCCUGUCCGCCCUCGCCGUGUGCUACCGUGACCUAGAUGAGCCGGAGCGAGCCUUCGGUAACGCCCACAGAGCCCUGCCUGCAGCCCGACGCUACGGACUGCAGCAGUACCGAGCGGCGCUGCUGGAGCUACUGCUGGAGGUGGGGUACCAGCUGGGUCGGCCCGUGGCCCAGCUGCAGGACGAGCUGACCGCCCUGAGGGACGCAGAGAGGGGGGAGGUGUCCUCCCGUUCGCUGAAGGAGGUGGUGAUCUACGAGUUCCUCUGAGGCAGGGGUCGGCUCGUUCAUCCAUCUGAUCUCUGCUCGUAAAAUAACAAAUUAAUAUUUAAUUAAACAGUGUUUUAUUUUA